AUGCCAGCAUCCGAGAGGCUCGAUCCGGAUCAACGCUUCUUCGAUGAUCUUGUAGAGAAAUCAGGUUGCUCAUGAUGCCUGUGGUCGCACGCGCCGCGCAUUCUCGACGUGGCACUGACUGUGGCUCAACCUUCGAUCCUUCGCUGCCCUCUCUACCACAGAAGCAAUCAUCAGCAUAACGAAUUCUUCUAGGAGCAUCGGAUACUGCUGCGCAGUCUGCCCUCGACAUAAGGAUCGACGGCUGAGCUUUGCCCAAGCCCGGGCCCAUUUCAAGACGAAUGUGCAAAGACCAAGUCCGACUGCAAGGUACCGGUGUUGGGGAUCUUUUCUGGGUAUCAUCCCCCGACAACGACGAACUUUUAUUCGACACCAACAAUUCUAUCUCUUCUGUGAGCGAGCGGAGGUCUUCCAAUGUUGAGACUACGCGAUCUGAUGUGUCUGCAUCUGCCCUAAAACCAGCUCGGCAGCGAUGGGUCACCCUUGUCGGGCGGAACACCCGACUUCGACUACAGUGCGCAAAACUAUGCCCAUAAUGACGACGAUCAUGGCUUUGAAGAUAUAUCGGCUGCGUACGAGAGUCUAGACGACUUUGAAUCAAACCGUGAGGGUGAUGUCAGCGGGUCCGAAGACGACGACGACAUCGACAGAGAUUGGCGCCGACCCCGAACGCUGGCGCAUAUGAUCAAGGGUCAGUUCAGCAGUCAUGGGAGGUAUUCUUUGUCCUAUGCUACGUAUACAUCAUGGGCAAAUAUUUACAAUUAUAGUGAAUGCCGAACUCGUCAAGAGCUCAAGCCACCGCGCAUCAUCAUCGAGCGUUCCGCAUCCAAGCGAUGAAUGGUUCCCUUUUCCGAGCGCAGCUGUGAGUGAUCGUGACCCGAGCGCCGAAGCCCUCUCAGCUUACUAACUAAUGCUGACUCUGGUCUGCGAAUUCUUGACCACAGAUGUGCGUGGUGUCUCUCUUCUGGCGAUCACCCCACCGUCGCAUGGGCGUGCAAGAGUUCCAAGAAAUACUCGAGUUUGCACAAGUUCUCGGCGUGACCAAGCUGCCUUCGAUCAAAACCAUCAAAACCUUCCUAUGCAACCUACUCGACGAAAUACAGCUGUUCCGUCCCCGGCCAGUUGUUGUUCCUAACAACCGCACAAUCUUCAUCAUUCCUCCAUCUGAUUUUGUCAUUGCAGUGCGUUCCCAGUGGCACUCACUCUGACUCCGCGUCCAGUGACCCCAGCCAGUGCCCUCGCCUGACGCACGCUCUCUUAUAUCCCCGCAGGCGCUGGCUACCCCCACACUCGUCGAGCAAUUGGAGUUCUACCCCUCCUAUGACGACAAAGAUUUUGUGCAAUCGGCCUGUCAGACUGCGCGCUGGCGCCACACAUUACCGGCACCCAUUCGAACACCGAUGGCUUCGCAUGACGGCAUCGACUAUUUCGCCCAGGAAAUUGUACUUCAAAGAGGUGGAGGAUACCUCUUAAUCGACUCGUUCGCCACCCACAACCACGUACUCUGCGCACUGGCGGUUCCUGCGGUCCUCCGCGACGAUGGUAGCUUUUGCGUUCAACUCCCGCCCGCGGAUAUGCUGGACUUAUCGUCGUCGCCACUUUCAGACCGGGCGUGGUCCCUAAUGCCGUUGGAGUUACUCGGGUCUCCGAUCGCAAGGGAAGUGGAGAUGGAGAGGAGGAUGAUCAUACGUAAGUGCAUGAGACAAGUCGGAAAUUUCCCCACGCCUGACACGGCCACCUUGCGCACGCAGGACUGUCUGCAGAUCGAGAGGUGCUGCUACCCUGUUUGCCGGCGUCGAGUGCCUCGAGAGCCGCAGCCCGAGGCGGCCGACUUCUGACUGUCCCGCUGCGCAUGUUCUUGGGAUGAUUUUGGCGGUGGAGAGUCGAAGCGUUACUACAAGAUGUUCGUGGUCAGUGCAGACUCACUCCCAAACACCCAUGUGGGAUAUUACAUUGUACUGAUUCGCCCCCGGCGCAUGCAACAGUGCUCGAUUCAGACUCUGGGUUUGCCGACUUCGCAUUUAAGCCGCCGAUUCUCGCUUCAACACAUCGCUGUGACCGCUUGGGGAGAGGCACUCGAUCUAGCGGAGGCUGUCCUUACGGACAUUAUGUGAGUGUGAUGUGACUGUGUCGAGCCAGCCGGCAAUAUCGGCUGACUCAUGCAACAAACUCUAGUGCCACGCUUUCAUCGCCCGUUGAGGCCAUUGAUGGUCGUACCGGAGCACCUGUACAGUUUUUGACGCCACUGCUAUACACGGUACACGACACACCGAUGGCCGCCGAAGUCUCUGCCCGUCCAAUUGGGGCCGCAGCACGCUUCCCCUGCCGCUGCUGUCGAUGGGCCGGAUAUCCCGCCGACCGACUUGCGUUCAACACCCUAAGGACUUACUUUACUGUGAGUCAUGGCUUGACCGCGUUUGCUUCGUGCGUCAUGCAAAUAGCUGACAACUCGGAGCUGUAAAUUCUGCAGUCACCCAUUAAACGUAACGCGGAGAGCACGAUGUUGGAAUCAUGGGCGCAGAUCGAGACGAUGACUCGUGACGGCACCGCUCACAGGGUUCAGGAGUUGCAAAGGAGCACAGGCACGCGCGACAAAGUCACCGCAAAAGUCAUUGAAGAAAUCCGCCAAGCCUAUGCAGUCGAGAUGACCCACAAGAUCCCUUACAGCAAAGAUGGCCUGCCUCAGCCAAAUGCCGAGUUGGCGAGAAUGUACCAAAAUGCCGGCGCCAAGGAACGAAAAAAGAUUGCCACCGCCAACGGAGUUCGAGCACGGGCAGCCGCUUCGGCUCGGCUGUCCGAACUCAAAGCCUCUGGGUCCGUUCUCGGCCCUUUCUUCCGCAUUCCUCGUAAGUCACUGAGUUGACGGUGCUUGCACGGCUUGGGACGCAUCUGACAGUUCAAGCUCGCCGCAGAUUUCGACGUCCACCGUGACACACCUCCUGACAUGCUCCACGUCCUUCUGCUAGGUCCUGUCAAAUGUCUUUGGGUUGACACAAUGGCGGGCCUCACACCCACAGCCGUCGACUUCAUGCGCGGCGCUUUCCGUUCGCUUUCGACAGCUGGGCUCGGUGAACGGUUCAAGCCGAAUUUCUACGUCGACUACAAGGGAAGCCUCGAUGGUCACGAUAGUCGAAUGAUCGCGCAGAUACUUCCCUUCAUCGCUGAGGUCAUGUUGAGCCGGUCCAUGAUCACUCCAGUGACUAAUCGCUGCUCCCUUGGAAAGUUGACCCAUCACAUGUUCACUCCCUCCGCAAUAAGUAUUGAUCAGUACGCCGUGAGUUGGCUUGGUAUCCGUCAAAUGAUGAGGCAAGCUAGCUUGAGACUAAGGGAAUUUAUUCCGUGCACAGGACGACUAUCGCGAGCUAGCGCGAGCAUUUGUCCAAGCUUCGAUGACCCGCAAUUUGACAUUCACCUUGGCUCGCGUCAAGUGUUAA